CCCUUUCCCCCUCCAGCUUGUGGUAUCCAGUCCUCAAGUGCAACCCCCUGCGUGGUCCUCUGUGGCAGCCUUCUCUCAUUCGGAAGUGAGUGGAGAAGCCCAGCACUCAAAUGACACUGAUGGAGUAUGUGAGGUCUAAGCCCCACUGAACCCAGCUCCCUGACCCAAAAGAGGUCUUGAUGUCACUGACGUCUGUUUGAAGUGAGCUUUUCGUGCAAGGUGCUCGUUGGUGAGCCUCACGUGCAGCCAGCCCACCUGAAACAACAGAAAAAGAAAACUCAGUAGAAGAUAAUGGCAAGUCCAGACUGGGGAUAUGAUGACAAAAAUGGUCCUGAACAAUGGAGCAAGCUAUAUCCCAUUGCCAAUGGAAAUAACCAGUCCCCUGUUGAUAUUAAAACCAGUGAAACCAAACAUGACACCUCUCUGAAACCUAUUAGUGUCUCCUACAACCCAGCCACAGCCAAAGAAAUUAUCAAUGUGGGACAUUCCUUCCAUGUAAAUUUUGAGGACAACGAUAACCGAUCAGUGCUGAAAGGUGGUCCUCUCUCCGACAGCUAUAGGCUCUUUCAGUUCCAUUUUCACUGGGGCAGUACAAAUGAGUAUGGUUCCGAACAUACAGUGGAUGGAGUGAAAUAUUCUAGCGAGCUUCAUGUAGCUCACUGGAAUUCUGCAAAAUACUCCAGCCUUGCUGAAGCUGUCUCAAAGGCUGAUGGUUUGGCAAUUAUUGGUGUUUUGAUGAAGGUUGGUGAGGCCAACCCAAAGCUGCAGAAAGUACUUGAUGCCCUCCAUGCAAUUAAAACCAAGGGCAAACGAGCCCCGUUCACAAAUUUUGACCCCUCUACUCUCCUUCCUUCAUCCCUGGAUUUCUGGACCUACUCUGGCUCUCUGACUCAUCCUCCUCUUUAUGAGAGUGUAACCUGGAUCAUCUGUAAGGAGAGCAUCAGUGUCAGCUCAGAGCAGCUGGCACAAUUCCGCAGUCUUCUCUCAAAUGUUGAAGGUGAUAACCCUGUCCCCAUUCAGCACAACAACCGCCCAACCCAGCCUCUGAAGGGCAGAACAGUGAGAGCUUCAUUUUGAUGAGUCGGAGAAGAAACUUGUCCUUCCUCAAGGACACAGCCCUGCUUCUGACAUAAUCCAAUAAAAUAGUAAUUUUUAAGAAAUAAAUGUAUUUCAAUAUUAGCAAGAUAGCAUGCCUUCAAAUCAACCCGUAAAACUAAGAAACUUAAAUUUUAGUUCUUACUGCUUAAUUCAAGUAAUAAUUAGUAAGCUAGCAAAUAGUAAUCUGUAAGCAUAAGCUUAUGCUUAAAUUCAAGUUUAGUUUGAGGAAUUCUUUAAAAUUACAACUGAGUGAUUUGUAUGUCUAUUCUUUUCAGUUUAUUUGAACUAAUAAUGUUAUCUCUUUC